AUGGCCAAUAGCGAUGCGCCAACCGUCUCCGAGCCGUUUCCCAUCUUCGAGCUUGCGAAUCGGUAUUUGCUCUACGACGUCAACACGAUCACGUACAUCCGAGCCAAGUACAAUAUCCCCGGCGUGCUCAUAGGUGGUCUUCCGCAAGCUCCUCAACAGAAUGUCUUUUCCGGCAUCCCUCUGGAACUUAUGCCAGAGGAGGCCCGAUUACUGUGCGAGAAAGGCGUAGCCUACGUGGUGGACGAUGCGCGAGCCCACAAGCAAGGCUUCCUUGACCGUGGCCUGAGUGUGGAGGAGAGGAAACGCUUCGCCGAGAGUUUGCGAAAGCAAGGACAGGCUGCUGCGAGCAAAGUCAAGGAAAAAGCGGAGGAUAAGAAGCAAACCGCCCUGCGUCAAAUUGCGAGCGGUGGAGAUUGGAAUGACCUGCCAGAAGACAUGCUGAAACCUCCAAGUAGACCUACUUCGAGGGCGGCCAAUAAAAAGAAGGCAGGGAGACCACCACUUGAGACUGGCGGCCUAGACGAAGACGAAUCGCUCUUCGCUUCGCCAAUGAACUCUUUUCCGAAGCCGGCGCCCACAAGCGGAUCGCGCGUGAACCCUCCCGCCCCUUCGCGAGGCCUUGAGCCGCACACAGUUACGCCAACGACUUCAUACCCGCCUCUGACUGCGGCGCCACCUCCACUGCAAUCAAGCCUCAGCACUUCACGGCAUUACAGCCUAGGCGUGGACAACAGUGCGGCAUCUGCGCGGCUUCCGGAGGCACCAUCCUCGUAUCCGUUGUACAAAGAUCUGCACGAAAAGGGCUACUUCAUCCUGCCCGGUAUACGGUUCGGUUGCAAAUACAUGGCUUAUCCAGGAGAUACGUUGCGCUUCCACUCCCAUUUCUUGUGCAACAGCAAGGAGUGGGACGAGGAAUUUGACAUGCUGGACCUUGUCGCAGGCGGCAGACUAGCAACAAGCGUGAAGAAAGGCUGGCUCAUGGGUGGGAUGGAACGGCCGUCUAAAGGCGGGGCGGGACUUAAUAAGCCUAAAGUCAGAUCGUUCACCAUCGAGUGGGGCGGCAUGUAA